CUGCUUCAAUACCUCACAUAUUUCUCAUUUAGAGUCCCUUGUCUGUUAGAUUGGGAGGUGGCUUAUCCUGUUCCGUAUCUUUCGAAAUUGGAAGGCGAUUCCAUUCAACCUGGACAAUCUCUGCUGAUCAAAGGAAUAGUAAAAAAUGGAGAAAAGUUCGAUAUUAGUAUGCAGACCAGCAACAGGGAAGGCGAAGAUAUUCCUUUCCAUAUGAGUUUUCGCAAAAAAGACAAGUCUCUUAUAAUGAAUACGCUCCAGAAUGGUCAGUGGGGAAAGGAAGAACGCAAGAAAUUCGUUUGGAAGGAAAACGAACCGUUCGAUUUGCGAAUUCGUGCUCACGACAACAAGUUUGAGAUCUUCUGCAAUCAGAAAGAAGUUGACGAAUUUGAAUAUCGUUUGCCGCUUACCUCGAUCAACUACGUGAACAUCAUUGGCGAUAUCGAACUCAACUACGUCAGCUGGGGAGGAAAGUACUAUCCCGUCCCCUAUGAAGCUUCUGUUCCGAACGGCUUUACGACGGGCAAAAGACUCUUCAUUUCCGGAAUUCCUGAAAAGAAGGCUAAACGGUUUUCCGUUAAUAUUCUUACUGCCACCGGAGAUAUUGCGUUGCAUUUCAACGUUCGUUUUGAUGAAAAGUGCGUAGUCAGAAAUAGCCAGUUCAACGGAGCAUGGCAGAAUGAAGAAAGGGAAGGAAAGCUGACCAUUGAGAAGGAUCAUAUCUUUGAUCUCAUGAUUGUCAACGAAGAACACGCAUUCCAGAUAUAUUUCAAUGGAAAUCAUUGGUGUGCUUAUGCUCAUCGCACUAAACCAGAUAGUUUGAAAGGGUUGCGAAUAGAAGGGGACGUCGAACUACAGGCCGUCCACGUCAAGUAA